GCAUUAUUUUUGUUCUGGGUAGUCCCGUCCCCGUCCCCGUCCUGCUGUCGGCUGCCCCUUACGCCUUGCCUGGAUUUUGCCUACUUUUGGAGUUGAGCUGCUUUUUUCUCUCCCUUUUUUCCUGCAAAAUUUGGAGUUCGCUACAAAAGUGAGAGGGAAAGGGGUCCACAGGAAAGUCCUGAACUGAAAGCGCUCGGCCACGAUCCACUCAGGAUGUCGGCAUCCUCGCAAGUGCAGAAGGAGGAGCGGAACCUGGAGACGCGCUAUGAAAGCAGCUACCACCAAAGCUCGCUGUCCUCCGUCAGCCACCAGUCCUAUGCAGCUCAUACGAGCUUUGAGGGGGUGAAAACCUCAAAAACAAAGAAGCAGGAGAAGAAGCUGACUGCCCUCUCCAAGAAAGACAAGCGCCGCCACCUGGCACUGGACACCGAGGACGAGGUCAUCGGAUACGUGGUGCCGGUUUUUAGAAGCAGUCAUUUAGCCACUCAGGAGCUGAUGGAGACUCAGGAGGAGGUGAAGGAGGAGGGCGUGGGCUACGUGGUCAUGAGGAACCUCUUCGCCAGAGACUCUGCUUACCAGGUCAAAGUGGAGAAGAAAAGUCACACCAAGUGCAUGAGGGAAUCCGCUGACCGUCUGACCCUGGGAAAGAAGAUGCAAGAGAAGCAGGAGUUCCACAAGAAGAUGAACCCGGACAGCCUGACCCAUCCUCCUGAGUUCACAGUGAAGCCCCGUGGUCAGACAGUGUGGGAGGGCAAGAAUGUGACAUUGCACUGCACCGUGGCCGGCUGGCCCAAACCUCGUGUUGCCUGGUACAAAAACAACGUGCUCAUUGAUGCCAAGGCCCACCCGGAGAAAUACACCGCUGAGAGCAGCUACAACAUGCACUCUCUGGAGAUCAAGAAGUGUAAUUUUAGCGACACUGCAGAAUAUCGCAUCUCAGCUCUGAAUGUGAAGGGGGAGAGCUCUGCUUUUGCCUCAGUUAUUAUUAAACGAUUCAAAGAUGAAGAAAUAUGUGAAAGACCACAUGGUUAUAGUCCUGAAUAUGGUGUCACCUUCAGGACCUCCAUUAUUGAUAAGUUUGGAGUUGCUUUUGGACGAGAGGGAGAGACCAUGAGUUUGGGCUGCACAGUCGUCAUCUACCCGACUGUCAAACGCUACCAGCCUGAGGUGCUCUGGUACAGGAAUGAUGUUCUCCUGGCACCAUCUAAGUGGGUGCACAUGCACUGGAGUGGGGAUCGGGCCACGCUGACCCUGGUCCACCUCAACAAAGAAGAUGAGGGGCUUUACACCCUGCGCAUCAACACCAAGUCUGGAUUUGACACUCACUCUGCCUAUGUGUUUGUCAGAGAUACUGAUGUGGAGGUGGAGGGGGUUCCUGUUGCUCCUCUUGAUGUCCGUUGUCAUGAUGCUAAUAAAGAUUAUGUGGUGGUAACCUGGAAGCAGCCUGCGGUCGAGGGAAGUAGCCCCAUUCUGGGCUACUUUAUAGACAGGUGUGAGGUUGGUACCCAACAAUGGAUCCAGUGUAACGACACCCCUGUGAAGUAUGCCCGCUUUCCCGUCACUGGGAUCAUUGAGGGCCGCUCCUACAUCUUCCGGGUGAGCGCUCUCAACAAGUGUGGAGUGAGCCGUCCCUCGAGGGUUUCUGACCCUGUGGUGGCCAUGGACCCCUCUGACCGGGCCCGUCUGAGAGCUGGCCCCUCUGCUCCCUGGACUGGUGUGAUUAGAUUCACUGAGGAAGACCCCACAGUUGGUGUGAUCCCUGGAUCUCCUACUGACCUGGAAGUGACUGAGGCCACAAAGAGCUAUGUGGUGCUCAGCUGGAAGCCUCCUCUGCAGAGAGGGCAUGAGGGGGUCAUGUACUACAUUGAGAAGUGUCUGGUUGGCACAGAUACCUGGCAGAGGGUGAACACUGGCAUGCCUGUGAAGUCUCCUCGUUUCGCCCUGUUUGAUCUGGCUGAGGGGAAAUCCUACAACUUCCGUGUGCGAUCCUGCAACUCUGCGGGAGUUGGAGAGCCAUCUGAAGAAACUGGGGCCACUACUGUGGGAGACAGACUGGACCUGCCCUCAGCCCCAGGGCCUGUUGUGGCCAUCAGGAACACGGCCUCCUCUGUCGUGGUCACCUGGGGCGCCUCCAAGGAGGACAAGUCUCUGGUGCGCUACUACAUCGAGGUCAGUGUGGUGGGAAGCAACGUGUGGGUGCCCUGCAACAACAAGCCAGUUAAAGGCACCAGGUUUGUGUGCCACGGGCUGAACACUGAUGAUAACUGCUUGUUCAGAGUGAAGGCGGUGAAUGCUGCCGGCUACAGCACGCACUCCUCCGAGUCUGAAGCCUGCAUUGUGAAACAAAGCAUUGAGGUCCCCUCACCUCCCUCUGCUGUGACCCUGCUGGAGCGGGUGCGUGACUACAUGGUGGUGGGCUGGCAGGCUCCUGCAAAGACAGGGGGAGCCGACAUCAGGGGCUACUACCUGGACUACAGGACCGUGAAAGGAAAUGUUAAGAGCAAGUGGCAUGAGGUCAACCUGAAGGCAGUCACUACCACUACCUAUAAGGUGGAGAACUUGAAGGAGAACCUCUUCUACCAGUUCCAGGUGCGCGCAGUCAACCAGACUGGCAUCAGCGAGGGUUCUGUCCCCAGUACUCCAUUUGAAUGUAAGGAGUGGACCGUCGCAGUGCCAGGACCUUCUCAUGGCCUGCGUGUGCUGGAGGUGCGUAAGGACUCCAUGGUGCUGCUGUGGGAGCCGCCCACAUUCAACGGCCGCAGUUCCGUCACUGGGUACUACGUGGACAUCAAGGAGGAGAAGGGCAAAUGGAGAGGUGUUCAGGAAAGAUCCACCAAGGAAACAUAUAUGAAGAUAUCUGGACUGAAGGAAGGCACCUCCUACCAGCUGUGUGUGUUCGCUAAGAACGUGGUUGGCGUUGGUGGACCAUCGAAAUCCUUGGGCCCUGUUGUCGCAGAGACCCGACCUGGCACCAAUGAGAUUGUGGUGGACGUGGACGACGACGGUGUGAUCUCCAUGAUCUUCGAGUGCUCAGAGAUGUCCGAAGGUUCUCAGUUUGUGUGGUCCAAGAACUACAAGGCCCUCACCGAUACCUCUCGCCUCAACAUCGAAACAGUCGGGGGCAAAUCCAGAGCCAUCUUCAAGGACCCCUCCCUGGAGGACCUGGGCACCUACUCCUGUGUGGUCACCAACACUGAUGGAGUUUCUUCCAGCUACACUCUGACAGAGGAAGGUCUGAAGCGCUUGUUGGAACUCAGCAAUGAACACCAGUUCCCCAUUAUUCCCUUCAAGUCUGAUAUGGCCAUUGAGCUUCAGGAGAAGGGACGCGUGCGUUUCUGGGCUGAAGUGGGCAAGUUUACUGCUAACUGCCAAGUGGAAUAUGUCUUCAAUGACAACAUUGUUACUCAAGGAAAGAAAUACACAAUGAACUUUGACAAGAACACCGGCAUUAUUGAGAUGUUUAUGGACUCCCUGGAAGUUACUGAUGAAGGAACCUUCACAUUUAACCUCGUUGAUGGCAAAGCUACUGGACGGACCAGCUUGGUGCUUAUUGGACAAGAAUUUGCUGAGCUUCAGAAGAAGUCUGAGUUUGAGAGAGCUGAGUGGGUCAGGAAACAAGGUCCUCACUUUGUGGAGUACCUCAGUUUCGAGGUCACACCAGAAUGUGACGUGUAUCUGAAAUGCAAGGUAGGGAAUAUCAAAGCUGACACUGAGAUAGCCUGGUUUAAGGAUAAAAUUGAGAUCGAGGAGGGCGAUGAAGAUGCGCAGAAGAUUGGCAUCACUGAAGGAGUGCUAUCCUUCAACAUCGGCAAGCUUGUUAUUAAGAUGGAAAAAGAAGAAAAAAAGAAACCCUCUAAAGCUGCUGCAGAAGAAGCCCCAAGGAAACCAAAACUCUCCAAGAAGGAUGCAGGUGUCUAUGAGGUCAAACUGAAGGAUGAGAGAGGAAAGGACAGUACUCUGCUGGAUCUGACAGAUGCAGGCUAUCAGGCCGUGCUGAAUGAGAUGUUCAGAGUUAUAGCCAACUCCUCCACCGAGCUCCAGAUUCAGAGCACAGAACAAGGCAUCAUCCUUUACUCCAACGUAGUGUACCACACUGAGGAACUUCGUGUUGGCUGGCUUCUCAAGGAAUCAAAGAUCUCCCAUUCAGACAGAGUGCAGUGCGGAGUAACAGGAGAGCAGCUGUGGCUGAAAAUCAAGGAGCCCACAGACAAGGACAAGGGCAAAUAUGCCAUCGACAUCUUCGAUGGCUCUGCGGGCGUCAAGAGGGUUCUUGACCUUAGCGGAAAAGUUUGGGACGAAGCCUUUGCAGAGUUCCAGAGGUUGAAGGCGGCAGCCAUCGCAGAGAGAAACCGGGCCCGUGUGGUGGGAGGCCUGCCAGAUGUGGUCACUAUCCAGGAGGGCAAGUCCCUGAACCUCACUGGCAAUGUAUGGGGCGACCCUGUACCUGAAGUGAGCUGGACAAAGAACGACAAGGUCCUGCAGCCAGACGAACACUACACGCUGAAGUUCGAGCACGGCAAGUUCGCCAGCAUGACCAUCGCGGCAGUCACCUCGGUCGACUCAGGCAAAUACGCCCUGGUGGUGAAGAACAAGUACGGCACGGAAGCCGGCGAGUUCACCGUCAGCGUCUACAUCCCAGAGGAUGAGGCGGAGAAGAAAGACUAGAGGAAGAUCGAGAUUGAGGGGAUGGGGAGGGGAGGGGAGGGGGGGUGAGGAAUCCUAAAUAUAUGACCAGUCUGCAUCGCACAGCAUUUAACUCCAAAGCAUGUUCAGCCACACAGAAAUACCCAAAGACCCAGACUAGUCCCUUUUAUUAAUAUAUAUAUGUAUAUAUAUAUAUAUAUAUAUAUAUAUAUAUAUAUAUAUAUACACAUAUAUAUAUAUAUGUGUAUAUAUAUAUAUAUAUAUAUAUAUAUAUAGGUGUAUUGGUUGGUUGAUGGUAUUGGCAAGCCUUAAAUGUGUAAAAAAACUCCAAUCAUAAUUAAUUAAUUAAUUUAUAGAUAGCAAAGUAACCUUUUCUGGAUCUAACAUCUAGCAUCUAACAACUUCAUUAUGAUAGGACACAAACUUUGACAUCUAUGCCACUGGGGAACCUGAAAUGUGGGACUACCUGUUGACUACAUCAUAGCAAUACAAGCUAAACUGGUAUAAUUCAGGAGAAACGUUAUCAUGAUUACAUGUAAAAUGUAUCCACACCAUGUUUAGCAUGAGAAUGUUGUUACACAAAAUCCGGCAGUCGUCUAAGGAUUGGUCUUAUCAACAGAUCAAAGAUCUGAAUUAUUUUUAUUAUUAUUAUUAUUUUUUUCCAAUUUUCUCCCCAAUUGACACUGCUAAUUACCCAACCCACUCAUUAGGACUCCCCCAUUCACUAGUGAUGCCCUAACGCCAGGAGGGUGAAAACUAGCACAUGCCUCCUCUGAUACAUGUGAAGUCAGCUACCUCCUCUUUUAAAACUUCAUUGCGGCGAGCAUCACAGCGCACUCGGAGGAAAGCGCAGAAACUCGGUUCCAGUACAUCAGCUCACAGAUUCCUUGUGCUGAUCGACAUUACUCUUUGAAAUGAUGCGGGUAGAGAGUGUCAUCUAGAGUGUCAGCCUAGAGAGAGCAAGGCCAAUUGUGCUCUCUCAGGGCUCCGGUAGCUGAUGGCAUAGAUGGAAUAGAAUUCCAAUCACAUUCAACCCUUCAGUGAUGUUAUAUUAGCAAAAAUGUAUGUGCUAGCAUUCACCUGCCUUUGUGUGUAAUAGGAGGAGAGCUAGCUAGUGGGUAAAACUUGCUUGUGUGGGUGAAGGGAUGGGGUAUCAGGUAUUAAUCAACAAAACAACAAAAUAAAAAAUGGAAAAGAAAAAAUAUAUAUAUAUAUCUCCAAAACAAUCAGUAUUACAAAAUUUAUAAUUAUAUAAGCCAGACUACAAUCAGUUUCCGCAGUUUAUUAAAGUUUAAGAAUUAGAAUCUGUUAGAAUUAUAUGGGCCAAUUAUAUUGGUUAUCUGAAUUUUAAUUCCAUAAAAUCUAUAUUGAUAUUUGCCACAAAAUGCUGAUAUCAGUCAGACCUUGAUAAGAAGUAGCUACAGUGAAUUAAUGCAUUCAUCCUGAACACUGUGUAGACUGCACAAUAUGUUUAUAGAUCCUUCCAGGGAACUCUACACUCUUAAAAUGAAGGUGAUAAACCCAACAGAAAAAAAAAACACUUUCUAAAGAAGGUUAGACCUUCUAAAGGUUUGUUACACUCACACAUCUCUCAUUAGAAACAUGUUUUUUUUUUAUGGUACCAAAUGUGGUUCUUCUGUGGUAUCACUCAAAGACCCAUUUGGAGCAUUUUACACCCAUUUGGAGCAUUUUUAACACAAGGAGAAAAUUGUAAAUGACGCAUUAAUGAACAUGGUGAACAUGAUUUGAAUUCAAAUGCUUUGAAUGUUGCCUUACUUUUAUCCAUAUAAACUGGGAUUCUGUUAUCGAAACAUA